CGCGCCCCUCCCGCUCCCGCCCCCCCGGCCCAUUCCCCGGAACCGGCGGUGGAGCUGCGGCCGCUGGCAGGGGGACGGCGACGGCACAGUGGAUUCGCCGGCAUGAGCGACCCCCGCCGCCCGGCGUCCCAGGCCGGGUCCUUCUGACAGAGCUAGACUUUGGGCUCCUUGAGGAUAUUCCAUUUUGUACUUUUGAGUGUCCUCUCACCACACUCAGCAUAAACUAACAUUCUUAAUGAUUAUUCUCUGCAGGACAGGUGUGAGAGGAUUGCUGUUAUAUUACAAUCAUGGUGCAAAAAUACCAGUCACCCGUGAGGGUGUAUAAACAUCCGUUUGAAUUAAUUAUGGCUGCCUAUGAAAGGAGGUUUCCGACGUGUCCUUUGAUUCCGAUGUUUGUGGACAGUGACACUGUGAAUGAAUUCAAGAGUGAAGAUGGGGCUAUUCAUGUCAUAGAGAGGCGCUGCAAACUGGAUAUAGACGCGCCGAGACUGCUGAAAAAGAUCGCAGGAGUCGAUUAUGUUUAUUUUGUCCAGAAGAACUCACUGAAUUCUCGGGAACGUACUCUGCACAUCGAGGCCCAUAAUGAAACAUUUUCCAAUCGGGUCAUCAUUAACGAGCACUGCUGCUACACCGUUCAUCCUGAAAAUGAAGACUGGACCUGUUUUGAACAGUCUGCAAGUUUAGAUAUUAAAUCUUUCUUUGGUUUUGAAAGUACAGUGGAAAAAAUUGCAAUGAAGCAAUAUACCAGCAACAUUAAAAAAGGAAAAGAAAUAAUUGAGUACUAUCUCCGUCAGUUAGAAGAAGAAGGCAUAACCUUUGUGCCCCGCUGGACUCCACCUUCUCUCGCAGCCUCUUCAGAGACAUCCGCGUCGUGCAGGAAACAGGCAGCGUCGUUGGCCGUUGUGGUCCCAGACGCUGCGCAGAAGGAAGGGCUGAGCAGCGAGGCCCUCAGUAACCCGAGCGGGGUGCCUGAGCCCGUGGUGGGAACCCCUGACGACAAACUAGAUGCAGACUACAUCAAGAGGUACCUGGGUGACCUGACCCCACUGCAAGAGAGCUGCCUGAUCCGGCUUCGCCAGUGGCUCCAGGAAACCCACAAGGGCAAAAUCCCCAAAGAUGAGCAUAUUCUUCGGUUCUUACGGGCCCGGGACUUCAACAUCGACAAAGCCAGAGAGGUCAUGUGUCAGUCUCUGACGUGGCGGAAGCAGCACCAGGUUGACUACAUUCUUGACACCUGGAACCCGCCCCAGGUCCUGCAGGACUACUACGCGGGAGGCUGGCACCACCACGACAAAGACGGGCGGCCCCUCUACGUGCUCAGGCUGGGGCAGAUGGACACCAAAGGCUUGGUGAGGGCCCUCGGGGAGGAGGCCCUGCUGAGAUACGUUCUCUCCAUCAACGAAGAAGGGCUAAGACGGUGUGAAGAAAACACGAAAGUGUUUGGCCGGCCUAUCAGCUCCUGGACCUGCCUGGUGGACCUGGAGGGACUGAACAUGCGGCACUUGUGGCGGCCCGGCGUCAAAGCCCUGCUGCGCAUCAUCGAGGUGGUGGAGGCCAACUACCCCGAGACACUGGGCCGCCUGCUCAUCCUGCGGGCGCCCCGGGUGUUCCCUGUGCUCUGGACGCUGGUUAGUCCAUUUAUUGAUGACAACACCAGAAGGAAGUUCCUUAUUUACGCAGGAAAUGACUACCAGGGUCCUGGAGGCCUGCUGGAUUACAUCGAUAAAGAGAUAAUUCCAGACUUCCUGGGCGGAGAGUGCAUGUGUGAAGUGCCCGAGGGUGGACUGGUUCCGAAGUCCCUGUACAGGACCGCAGAGGAGCUGGAGAAUGAAGACCUGAAGCUGUGGACUGAGACCAUCUACCAGUCCGCCAGCGUGUUCAAAGGAGCCCCGCACGAGAUUCUCAUUCAGAUUGUGGAUGCCUCUUCGGUGAUCACUUGGGAUUUCGACGUGUGCAAAGGAGACAUUGUCUUUAACAUCUACCACUCCAAGAGGUCGCCACAGCUGCCCAAGAAGGACUCCCUGGGGGCGCACAGCAUCACUUCUCCAGGAGGGAACAACGUGCAGCUCAUAGACCGCGUCUGGCAGCUGGGCCGGGACUACAGCAUGGUGGAGUCGCCUCUGAUCUGCAAAGAGGGAGAGAGCGUGCAGAACUCACACCUGAGCAGGUGGCCGGGCUUCUACAUCCUGCAGUGGAAGUUCCACAGCAUGCCAGCGUGUGCCACCACCAACCUGCCCCGAGUGGACGAUGUGCUGGCCUCGCUGCAGGUCUCAUCUCACAAGUGCAAGGUGAUGUACUACACGGAAGUCAUCGGCUCGGAGGACUUCAGAGGUUCCAUGACCAGCCUGGAGUCCAGCCACAGCGGGUUCUCCCAGCUGAGCGCCGCCACCACCUCGUCCAGCCAGUCGCACUCCAGCUCCAUGAUUUCCAGGUAGUGCUGCAAGGCCCGCGUCCCAUUCGCAGAGGGGACAGAGGGGACGCCGUGCCUCCUCGGACAGCCCGCUGCGCUCCGCCCCCUGCGGCCACGGUGUGCAGACUCCUAUCACCCUCUAGGUAGAAAUAGCUCUCGAGAUGGUAAAUGUAGCCACUGAUCCCACAGCUGUCUCGACAGGUAGUUUUAACUCUUAAUAGCCAUAGAUUUUGCAUACAGUGUGCACAAAAUCACACCGGAGCACAAGGGCUCUCUUGAAAGGAAGUAGUUUACAGACCAAUGAAGAGGUUGACUUUGUCUCAAAUGUUGAUGCAAAAAAGUUUUUGAACACCCUCCACUAGUGGAUGAAGUCCUGCACCAUCCAUCUGAGGUGACCUCAUCUUCCUACGUGGAGCAGAAGCUGCCAACCUGUCCCUUAAAAUGCAGUCCUCACCUCCUCCCUGCUGUUAGUCGGCCUGGUCCGUGGAUUAAGUGACAGCCCACUAGAAACGUAUUCCUCUGAGCAGACGCCGCUUAAGUUGGAAGGACUCAGAGACAGACUCAGGGAGCACCCAGCCCAGCUCCCGGGGGCCAGAGGGAUCCACGGUUCUCAAGUGGGUGCUGGUGGGUUAGGGGGCCUUUGGGGACGCCCCUCAACGCCAGGAAAAACACCGCCAUCAUUAAAUACCAUUUUCUCUUUCCUCCUCUUCAAAUCUUGUUGGUGCUUUCAGAGCAGAUGUUUCUGUGCAUGACUUGGGCGAACGGCAUUUCUUACCCGUUUCCUCCUGGUGUGUUGCUCUUUCUGCCUGCAUGCGUUAGUUCUAAACUCAUUCUAGAUUUCGCUUCCUCUGCCCCCUCAUAGCAUACAGAGCCCAGAUAGUCCUUCUGGCCACUUGAGGAUAUUUUGAAGAUAGAAUAAGGUCACAGUUGCCAUUUUGAAACUGUCCAGUGUUCACUUUAGCCAACCAGCAAUCUCACCAUGGAGCCACUUCCGGUUAGCAGGUGGCUUGUUGGAACCCUGCUUCUUGGUAGAAGGAAGGAGACUCGUUGGGUGUGUGUGUACACACGGGCGUGCGUGGCGUGUGGUGCUGGUGGGGAAUGGCGCAAGCAGAACCUUAGCUCCAGUAACAAAAGAUCCUUCGCAGAAGCAAAUCAGAAUAUGAGAUUGGUUUGCCUUUUACAUUUUCUUUUUGAUUCCCAGUUUCAAAGCCUGGUCUGUCUUAUAUUGGCUCUCGUUUUGUCAGAUUUUUAUGGCAAAAGCAGGUUACUUGCGAAUCCGUCAGGAUGUUGCAUCGGGUGAGUCUGCAUGAUAAAGACGUGAUGUGUGGGUCGUGUGUGGCAGAGGCUGUGCUUUCAAAGCUAAGUGCCAAAAGCCUUGCGGCCGUCAGUUACCGUUGUGUGUGACGGGCACGUACAUCCUGCGUUGCAUUGUUUUCGUCCACUCUGCAGGCGUUAGGUGGGUGUCCUUGAGACGCGAGCGCUUUGUGGAGAACGUGUGUGUGCCCCAAAGGGGAGGUGUUGGGGGCCUGGAAGAAACAGAGCAGCCCCCUCACCCUGUCAGUGAUGCUCUUGUGGCCGCUUGCACACGGAAGCCUCUCGAGCUUCUCCCACGAUCGCUGGCCUUCCAGGAACACAGCUCUGCGUUUCCUUUGGGAAGAUAAACUCAGCAUUGGCACCUACGGGCUUGUUUCCAGAAAACACAGUAGGGCUAGUUGGUGCCUCCGUGCUGCUUCCAGUUUCCAAAUUAUAAGGACCUGAAGAUGGUCCCUUCUUUCUCUUUCUUUCUCUCUUUCUCUGUGUCUCAGAUGGCGAUUUUGCUGACAGCUGCCAAGAAAACGCUCCACUCAACAGUCCACAUGAGCCCAGGGAUGUUUGUAGAACUAUUGGCAUUGCAGCCACCCCCCACCCCCCACUCUGAAGAUCUGCUCUU